AAGAACAUCAUAGUACAACCCUCCGCAGCAUAAAACGCCACCAAUUCGACGCGUGGUACAACGAAAAAGUGCUUCCCGCGGUGUACAAUCGGUUUAAUUUCCCAGACUUUUUCGGCAAAAACCCGGCGGGGCUCGUGCGGUUCAAACUCUCCCCCCUGUUAGUCCAUUCCGCCGUCACGUGCGACCGGGUGGUGUGCCCCUACACGGACAAUGAACACGCCGGGAACCGGC